UACUUCAUCUCUACAGUCGCAACUUCCUUUUGUGUGUCGGCAGAGUCGGGGGCUGGGUGUCCCCAGGACGAUUCAUCAGCAUGGCGUUAGCACGCCCCCUGAUCACCGUCUACGACGAGAAGAAUGAGAAGACCGGCGGGACCAUCUCGCUGCCGGCCGUGUUCCGGGCGCCCAUCCGGCCGGAUGUGGUCAACUUCGUCCACCAGAACAUGUCGAAGAACGCCCGGCAGCCCUACUGCGUGAGCCGGCUGGCCGGCCACCAGACGUCGGCCGAGUCGUGGGGCACGGGCCGCGCCGUGGCACGUAUUCCGCGUGUGCGCGGUGGCGGCACCCACCGCUCCGGCCAGGGCGCGUUCGGCAACAUGUGCCGCGGUGGCCGCCGGUUCGCGCCCACCAAGCAAUGGCGCCGCUGGCACCGCAAGAUCAGCGUCAACAUGAAGCGCUACGCCAUCUGCUCGGCCGUGGCCGCCUCCGGCGUGCCGGGCCUCGUCAUGUCCAAGGGCCACAUGAUCCAGGAGACGAGCGAGGUGCCGCUGGUGGUCAGCGACAAGGUGCAGGAGUUCACCACCACCAAGCAGGCCGUGAGCUUCCUGCGCAGCACCAACUCCUGGCCCGACAUCCAGAAGGUGUACAAGUCGCAGCGCACGCGCGCCGGCAAGGGCAAGCUGCGCAACCGGCGCCGCGUCCAGCGCAAGGGCCCCAUCGUGGUCUUUGCCAAGGACCAGGGCUUGAGCCUGGCCUUCAGGAACAUCCCUGGUAUCGACACCAUAAACGUGGAUUGCCUGAACCUGUUGAAGCUGGCGCCCGGUGGCCACGUCGGCCGCUUCUGCAUCUGGACCGAGUCCGCUUUCAAGCAGCUGGACGCCCUGUAUGGCACGUGGCGUGCGCCCUCCACCCUGAAGAAGGGUUUCAACCUCCCCAUGACCAAGAUGACCAACACCGACCUUGCCUCUCUGCUGAAGGCACCUGAGAUUCUCAAAGUCUGCAGGAAGCCCAAUAAGGUGCUGGUGAAGCGGCAGGCCAAGCGGAACCCGCUGCGCAACAUGCACGCCAUGCUCAGCCUCAACCCGUACGCGGCCGUGAUGAAGCAGGCCGCGCUGGCGGAGGAGAAGAAGGUGACGGAUCUGAAGGCGGCUCGCCAGCAGCGCUCCAAGGCCCGUAUUGCUGCUAAGAAACCCAAGGUCGACGCGGAGGCCGCGAAGAGGAAGCUGGCCCGCCAGGAAGCCGGCAAGAAGAAACUUGCGGCGGUGCAAGCCAAAAUUGCCGCCUCCAAGGCCAAGCAGGGCAAGAAGUAAUUUUGUCCCGAAGGCUGCCUGUUGCUAAUAAAUAAAGAUAUCUCCCGGACCA